AUGGAGGACUCCCCGCCCCUGGCAGCGGAGCUGGAGCACUUCAACACCUCCCUGAACGAGUCCUGGGCCAACCCGUUCGUGCAGCCGCCGUGGCAGGUGGCCCUGUGGGCCGUGGCCUACGCGCUGAUCGUGGUGGUGGCCGUGGUGGGCAAUGCCGUGGUCAUGUGGAUCAUCCUGGCGCACAAGCGGAUGCGCACGGUCACAAAUUACCUGCUGGUGAACCUGGCCUUCGCCGAGGCCUCCAUGGCCGCGCUCAACACCGUGGUGAACUUCAGCUACGCCGUGCACAACGAGUGGUACUUCGGGCCGGCCUACUGCCGCUUCCACAACUUCUUCCCCAUCGCCGCCGUCUUCGCCAGCAUCUACUCCAUGACGGCCAUCGCGCUGGACAGGUACAUGGCCAUCAUCCACCCGCUCCGGCCGCGCCUCUCUGCAGCGGCCACCAAGGUCCUGGUGGGGCUGAUCUGGCUCCUGGCGCUCCUGCUGGCUUUUCCACAGGGAUAUUUCUCCGUCACCGCCGAGCUCCCGGGACGCUUCGUCUGCCUCGUGGAGUGGCCAGAGCCCGGCGGAGACGCGUCCGGAAAAGCGUACCAUUUCUCCAUGACCGUCCUGCUGUACCUGCUGCCGCUGCUGGUGAUCGGCUGCGCCUACGCCGCCGUCGGCCGCACGCUCUGGGCCAGCGCCAUCCCCGGAGACUCCUCCGACCGCUACCACGAGCAGGUGUCGGCCAAGAGGAAGGUGGUGAAGAUGAUGAUCAUCGUGGUGUGCACCUUCGCGCUCUGCUGGCUGCCCUACCACGUGUACUUCACGCUGCAGUACCUGCGGCCCGAGUGGUACUGGCGCCGGUCCAUCCAGCAGGUCUACCUGGCCGUCAUGUGGCUGGCCAUGAGCUCCACCAUGUACAACCCCAUCAUCUACUGCUGCCUCAACGACAGGUUCCGGGUGGGAUUCAAGCACGCGUUCCGGUGGUGCCCAUGGGUCAGCGCCGGCGAGUACGAGGGACUGGAGCUGCGCUCAGCACGCUUCCUGCACACGCACAGCUCCGUGUCCAAGCUGAGCCGCAUGGACACCGCCACCGUGGCCUCGGCACUCGGCGCGGCCGACGAGGAGCCAGAUGAGCCCGGCCGGGCUGAGCGGCUCUCCCUGGACAUGACCUCCAACGGCUCCUCCCGCAGCGACUCCAAGACGGUCUCCGAGAGCUUCAGCUUCUACUCCAACACCCCCACCUAGGGAUGUCCCCUCAGUGCCACCUCGUGUCACCCACCCUGCUUGUGCUGUGCCAGUGUUUCCCGUGCUGUUUUCCUGUGUCUUUUCCUUGGGAUGAGUUCUGUGUGGGGCUGGACACCAGGAAUGUUUUCACUGCCUGGUUGGAGAUGGAGGGGGUGCAGGAACGGGACGGAGCCGGGUUUUUCUCUGGAAUUCCAACACUGGCUGGCGCUUCUGUGUUCUCUGUGGGGCAGGAGCGAUCUCUCAGUGCAUCCAACCCCAUGGAAAACGACCUCACCCUGCAUUUCCCAUCCUUCAUUUCAUUCUCCCCGCUCGAUAUCCAGGGGAAUCUUGAAUCCCAAAAAGGCUUUUUCCAGCUCCACAGGGAAUCAUCAGCUGCAGCACAGAUCCAAGACUUCCCACAUGGCCUUGGAUCAUCUCCAGUAUCCACAUCCCUCUCUGUAGUCUCUGUAGUCUCCUGCUGCUGCUCCAAACCCGCUCGUCAGAGCAGAGAUUCCCAAAGGAUCUCCUGAAGCAUCUCUGAAGGAUCUCCUGAAGUUCCUUCCUCAUUCCAGGAUUCUAGAAUUUAUUCCUCUCCUAAACCCUGCCCCAAAAUCCCACAUCCAAAGGAACUCCCGAACAUCUCCCGAAGGAUCUCCCAAAGGUUCUCUGAAGGAUCUCCUGAAGGUUCUCCCAAAGGAUGUCUGAAGGUUCUCCUGAAGGCACUCCCAAAGAAUCUGCCGAAGGAUCUCUGAGCUGAGCUGGGCUUUAGCUGCUGUUCCUCAACUGCCACAAGGAAUUCUGUGAUUCCCUAGAACUCCUCUUGGAUGGACUCCAGAAUGCCACGGAGCUCUGGAAAAGGAGAGACCACCCUAAAGUGAUUCCCACACCCUGGAAAUGGAUUCCAUCCCCAAAACAAGGUUGGAAGGAGAUCAGGAAUUCUCCAGAGCUGCUUUCACCCCCAGGGUUUGGAGAAUUCCCUUCCACCUCCUGGAUUUUGUUUUAAUCAGGGAUUUUUUUUUUUUUCUUUGCAAAAACCACGAGGUUUGUGAUGUGUGUAUGGAUUUAUGGAACAUUUCUGUUCGGAUGGACAAUUUUCCCUGGGCUUCUCCAAGUGGAUCAACUCUGCUUGUUGGGAACAAAGCCACAAAUCUGGGGACAAUCUGUGGGGAAUUCGCUCCCAGCUGCUGCUGCAAGUUCUCGUUCGGGGCGCGGAAAUCGGGCUCUGACAUGGAUUCACUGGAACACUGGAGAAAUGAGGGAUGAACUCCAGAGAAAUGUCCCAGUCCCUGCUCUGUUCCUAUCUCCUGGAUGGCUGAAUCCAGAGGCUUUUCCAGGAUUUUUAGGCAGCUCUCAGAUCAGGGAUUCAGUUCCCAAGCUGGGGAGUUCCUGUACCUCUUCCCUGGCAUCUGGACGGAAAAUCUGCAGAAGGAAAAUCACCUGGAAGGAAAAUCGGUGGAUAUACCCCGAAGCUCCGCUCCCACCCUUUGGAAGCACCCAGAAAACUCCCCCAUCCCAAAUCCCAACCCCAAAAUCUUUGGUUUGCUUUGUAUCCUGAAACAUAGAAAUUCCCAUUCUGACUGAACAGGAGCAGCAAAUCCCAAAUCCCUCACCAUCCACCCUCAGCAUCUGCUCCAAAAUCUGCCCCCAAAUCCAUCCCUAAAUCCACCCAUCCACGUGGGACUGUCCCUCCCCCAGAACCAAUCCAAUCUGGGGAAUUUUGCUGGAUUUGGGGAUUUUGCUGGGAUUCAAACAGGCCUGGUCCUGUUUUGGUUCUGUUUGACACAAAAACCCCGGUAGCCUCUGGAAGUUGCAGCCAAGGAUCCGGCGGCGCCUUUGGAAGCCACAGCCAAGGAUCCAUCCGGGAGCAAUUCCCAUUGUUUGGAGCAUUUUUCUGGGAUUGCCGUGGAUACAAGGCCUGCCCCGCCCAUCCUUGUCUUUAUUGUUGUUUUUAUUUUCUGUCCCUUGAGGGCUCCUCACGGCCACGUAUUCCAGGAUGGAAGCGCAGGAUCCGCUGUUUACGGAACAGUCCCACGGGGAAUGACGGGAUUCGGGUUUUUUGGGAUUUCCGUGUCCUUGCCGGAGCCCUGGUGUGAGGUCACAGAGCCCGGCCCAGGAGUUCCCAGGGUCUAUUUUCAAUUAAAGUCACCAUAAUCCAAAAAAAUUCCAAUUUUCAGCCUUCAGGGCCCACCAUGGGCCCUUCCAGCCUUCCCCUUUCCAGGAUUCUGGGAUUUAUUCCUCUCCUAAACCCUGCCCCAAAAUCCCAUGUCCAGCUGAAGAAUGGACACAACCAUUAUAAUGCAAAGUUUAGCAGGGGAAUCCCCCUUUUCCUUGGAAUAUCCAUGCCAAAUCCCAUUCCCACAGAAUAUCCAUCCCAAAUCCCAUCCCUGUGGAGUAUACACCCCAAACCCCUGUGAAAUAUCCAUCCUAAAUCUUAUUCCCACUGGAAUAUCCACCCCCAAACCCCAUUCUUCAGGAAUAUCCACCCCAAACUCAUUCCCACUGGAAUAUCCACCCCAAAUCUCCUUUCUGCUGGAAUAUCCACCCCAAAUCCCAUUCCUCUGCAGUAUCCAUCCCAAACCCCAUUCCAGCUGGAAUAUCCAUGCCAAAUCCCAUCCCUGUGGAAUAUCCACCCCAAAUCCCAUUCCUGUGACUCUGACAUCCCUGGGGAAUUCGGGAUUUGGGGUGGCAGCAGCUGGAGAGAGGGAACCCAGCUGUCCUUCCCAAAGCAUCUCAGGAUUGUCCCAGCAUGGAUUUUCAUGGAUAAAUGUUCCUUUGAUGUGGAGAAUGGUUUGUUAUCCCUUAAUGAGGCGAGGAGGGUUGAGAGGUGCAAAAGCUAAAAUUCCAUUAAAAAUGUGGAUGAUGAGUUUGGGGCACCCUCAGUGGGAGGGGUUUGCCCUGAAACAUCACCAAAACAAGAAAAGGGACAAUUCCCAAAAUUCCUCCUCCAAUUCAGGUCUGGGAGCACAACACUGAUUCCCAAAUUAGGGAAAAGGCUCCAAUCCCUCCUGGAGCAUGGGGAAGGCUCAGGAGCACUCUGUUCCCUGGGCAAUUCCCAGCAUUGGAUCCUGGCUCCCCUUCUCAGGCUGGCCUUCCCAGAUCCCACUGCUCUGCUGGGAAUGUGCAAUCUGUGCUUUUCCAAGCCUUUGGCACGCUGCUGGCAGAACAUUCCAGGUGGGAAUUGUGGGAGGCUGGCUGGAAUUCUGGAUUUUAAUCAAAGUGGAGUUCCCAGGCUUGGCUCUGUCCCACUCUGGCUGCUGGUUUUCCAUCAGCAAUGUCAUCCUGGAAAAAAGAGGGAAGGGAAAAACAUCCACAUGAUCCUGGCUGAGCUUCCCGUGAACGCUGGGCAGGAUCCUCCUUCCUGGUGGGAUUCAGAUCCCAAUGGAGCCAUUUCUUCAUUGGGAUCCUCCCUUCCUGGUGGGAUUCAGAUCCCAAUGGAGCCAUUUCUUCAUUGGGAUCCUCCCUUCCUGGUGGGAUUCAGAUCCCAAUGGAGCCAUUUCCUUCAUUGGGAUCAUUCCACCCCAGACAGAUUCAGGUCCCAAUGGAUCCAUCAGGAUCAUCCCUUCUUGGUGGGAUUUGGAUCCCAAUGGAGCCAUUUCCUUCACUGGGAUCAUCCCUUCCCAGUGGGAUUCAGAUCCCAAUGGAGCCAUUUCCUUCAUUGGGAUCAUCCCUUCAUGAUGGGAUUCAGAUCCCAAUGGAUCCAUUUCCUUCAUUGGGAUCAUCCCUUCCUGGCAGAUUUAGAUCCCAACAGAUCCACUGAGAUCAUCCCUUCCCAGCAGGAUUCAGAUCCCAACAGAUCCAUUGGGAUCAUCCCAUCCCCUCUCCAGGGCUGUCCCAAAUGGGGAAUUUCACCCCUACUCCAUAAAACAAGGCUGAGCCUUUACUGGGGACACAAAUCCCCGUCAGCCACACAAGUAAAGGGAAUUCCACAUUCCUGGUGCUUUGGGUUAUCCCUCCAUCUCCAGUUCCUUGGGAAACCCAAAAAAACCCCAAGUUUUGUCAGUUUUGGUGCUUUCUGAGCGGGAUCUGCAGCUUUGAUCGAGCCCAUCCCGCUGAAUUCCCGCUCUGGUUCAGCCUCAUUACCAUGGAUGCAUUCCAGCGUUUUGCAUAAAUGUUUGCUUAAUGCCGAGUCCGAAAUAUCCCAGAAAAUUAAAAAUAAAAAAAAUGGGAAUUGAAGGCA